AAAAACGAGAACCAUCAUGGCGGCAAUAUUGUCUUGAUGUUUUCUUUCAAUCAAAACAGAAAACAUCGUUCAGUUUUUAUAGUUUAGUUUAUAGUGUUUGAAUCUGUCAAAUGAAAGAUGGCAUCAAAACCACUCAACUGCAUCGUUAAAAAACCCGUGGUGCUAAAAAUCGGUGAUCCAAGGACGGAAUUCAGUUCCGGUGCUGCAGUCAUUGAAAUUGCAAUGCCCAACAUAAAAUCUGUUGACCUUGGAGAAGUCACUUUCAAGAAUAAUUACACUGCUUAUUUAUCAAUCAAAGUCAGAUGCAGUUUCAAGAGUUCUGAAGUUUCGGGCAGAGAUACUAAAUGGAAAACAGUAUUGAGAAGAUAUCCCCUGAUGCCAGAUCCGCAUUGUGAACCAGGAAGUCAAGAUUAUUUUACAAUUUCUAGAAAGCAGAUGUUAGCCGAACCAAACAGAGUAGCAGCCGUGAGAUUUAUUCUACAGCAACCAUCACCAGUGUGGAGUCAUUUUAUAAUAGAAGACAUCAACCUCUAUGAGUACAAAGUAGAUGCACCCUCACCUGUCUCAUUACCUCAGUGGUUGCUAAGACACACUGGAGAUGAUGGUGACAAUGACAAUGAUACACAGGAUGAAGACAAGGAAGAAGAAAUUUAUUUAGAGGGCGUUCCUCCUAUUGACAAUAUCUCAUCAGGUCUUCAACAGCUAUGGGCUUUAACUGAAUCAGUGAGAGCCAAUCAAACAGCUGCAUCUUUAGGAAGAUAUGAUAUUGAUGGCUGUUAUGAAAUCAACUUACUCUCCUACACAUGAUAUAAGAUGUGACCUGGAAGUGGUACUAUGAGGUAUGGUGAAAAGGAUCCUGGUACUACCAAUGGUAUUCAGGCACCAGCUAGAUUAUACAGUGACAUGUCUAUAUACCUAAUCAUUCCAGUGUUAUUUUAAGACUACUAUAUGAACAUUUCAAAAGGGGGGGGGGGGGGUUGAGCCAAAUAGAAGAUUAUGUUUUAUAUCGAUAUGAUAAAGCUUCAUCAUUUCUAGAGAUGGUAGCUUAAGUUACGAUACCCGUUUGUUUUUGUAUGUGUGUAUAUCAGUUUAUACACUCUAAUCAGUUUGUCAGACUCUAAUCUUUUGAUUGCAGUGCAGCA